CAGUCCUUAAAAAGCAGAUUAGGAAAGGUCACACAUCUCAGUCCAGAGGAAAUCAGGUGUCAUUCAGGACUAUGGCCUCCACCACCUCAGGGGAUGUUAUGCCCAAAGGCGGCAGUAUCUUCACCACCGUUCCUGACAUCUUUUUCCUCCCAGAGUUUGUGUUCGGUGGUCUGGUUUGGAUCCUGGUGGCUUCAACGUACGUGAGCCCACCAAACCCUUUGGGUUGGGUGAUGUUCGUCUCCGUCUUCUGCUUCGUGUUUACGACGCUCUGGUUCUUCAUCUUUCUCUGCGGAGGCAAUCAGAGCAGCAUCUGGCCCGGCCUGGAUGCACUUUAUCAUUUCGUGGCGGCGGUGUUCUACCUCAGCGCCGCGGUACCCCUGGCUUUUAUGACCAUUAUUAGCGGUCUGACUGUGUCCGAUGCCACACUCAAAUUUUACCGCCUGGACAUUUCUGCGGUGGUGAUGUCCUACGUGGCCACUCUUCUCUACUUCAUCCAUGCUAUUUUCUCUGCCAUUCGAUGGAAGAGGUCCUAAAAAUGUACAAAACAGCAGCACAACUACAGACCAAGAACAAGGACACCAAAAGAGAACAAUGAGAGCUUUUUAAUGUUCUUCUUAUGCUCAUCACGUGUUUCGCAGUAACAACCUAUUUGUCAAACUAAAGUACCAAACCCACAAAUCAGACAGUUUUGUUUAUUGUUUUUUAAGUUACUGAUAAAUGCUACUUGUUCAUGGAUGUGGUUAACAAACAUGGGCCUUGAGAUUUUUUUUCUUCAUAAUUUGUUAAUCAGAAAAGCAGUUCCUAUGAAAUAUGUCUGAGUUAAAGUAUGUUAAUCACAAAGGCACAGUGGAUGAUUGUACGAUAAAGCUGCUCUUUCACAUUCCUGAGUUUGGUGCUGGAACAGGUUGAGCUGCAAUUUGACUGAUUUCCCCAAGCAGCGCUCACCUGGAUGCGUUCAGUGCUACUGAGCAGGCACACCACUCGGUAAAGUCCAGAAAAGUCAUGUUCUGAAGCUCAGUAGAUCCCAGCCACCUCGGUGCCAGUCGCAUUCUACUGAGGACGGCCCGAGGCAGGCAACUCGUUCUAACUCUGGGCAACUUGGUACGCAUUCUGUCCUCAUAUGUCUCGUUAUCUCUGGAUUAUUUUUUCUGUGAAACUUGGACAAUGAUGUGCUUCAAACUUCUUGUUUUGCUGCCCCAAGCAAAAUGCAAGGCAGCCGAGGGAUCCAGGAGUCCAGCUGAGUGCCUGAGAAUUUUGAACGUUUAACUGUCCUUUCCUGUCUUAUGGGGAUCUACAUUGAGUCAUGAACGGACAAACUCAGCCAAGUGAAAGAGCUGUUUAGGUGAUUAAUUGCACGGGUCUAAUACGUAAUUACAGAGACAGAAACCAUGUUAGAAAUGACAAAAGUCAAUUUUGGAAGGCUUUAAAAAAUGUUUACUGGUGCAGCAAAGAUAAUUAUCUCAACGUUGCAAUAAACAGGAAUGUUCAAAAUAUUAAAAGAUCUGUCCUGGUGAUGUUUACCAGAUUGAGUUUGUGAAGAAAUUUGUUUUAAAUGGUUGUCAUUUCUACCUGUCCAAGAUGCAAUAACUCAAAAAGUGGAGGACAGUUAUCAAGUCUUUAAAUGACACUUUUAUAUUUUGACACAGAUCCAGAUUUAAUUCAGUUGUUUUCCUUUUUACUGUAAAUUGUUUUCCUUUUAUUUCAAGAAGUGGCAUUAUGACAUUACAUGGGUCGGUGGCUUUAAACAUCAGCGUGUCUUAUGAUGUAACAAAGAUCUAUUUGUAGAAUCUAUGAUGUGAAAUAAACAUAUUCAGUUAUCUUCA